AUGUUCCGCGGGUUGGCGGCGCGGCACGCGUCCGCCGACUCGCUCCUGUCGCUCGCGUCGUCAGAAACCAGCAGCCUCGCGUCCUUCGCGACCGCGUCGGACCGCCUGGUAGAGCAGGAGAUUAAUCGGCGGGCCGCGUUAGACUUCGUCACGGAGCUAGCCGGCCCGCUGCAGCCCCCCAGCUCCCCCGCGCAUUCGCUUUCCGGGGAGCGCACCCCGCCCGCUGGCGCAACCCUCGGCGCAAACACCUUCGGCGCAAAUCCCGGCGGAGCCUUAGCCUCUGGCGCAGCGCUUCUGAGCGCAAGCCUUAGCGGGGACUUGCCGAUUACCGCCAAUGAGCUCCCCGUGGCGGUGUUUGCGGUCGACCGGGACUUGGUGUGCGCGCUUUGGAACAGGCGCAUGGCGGAACUGACGGGAUGGGCGGAAGGGGAGAUCAUGCGCCUGGGUCGAUUCGCGGAAGGUCGGUUUGCGGAGCGGCUCUUCCGCCCCGCCAGCGCCUCCGCGCCGUUCCGCCGAUGCGAGGACGUUCUCCGCGCCGCGCUCUUCGGCCGCGAUAUAGUCUCGGCGGAGUUGCUUCUGCUGAAGCGCGGAGGCAGCUGCGCGCGCGUGCGGUUAUUCGCCAGCGCGCGCACCGACGCGCUCGGCGCAGUUUGCGGCGCGAUUUGCGCCGUCAUCCCGGCGUCUUCAGGAAGCGGGGGAGGAUCGGCGGCCGCGCUGAGCGCAGCUUCCGCGCAUGGGUUCGACGUGGAUGGCGGCGGCGGAGGCGGCGGCGGAGGCGGAGGCGGCUUGCCGCCUUUUCCGCCGUCGUUUGCGGCGGGCGAAACCGAGGAAUGGCUGCAGCGGAACGCAUCGGCGGGGAGUCUGUACGGCAUGCACUCCGUGGACGAGGAAUCCGUGGGCGACGACAGCGACGCGGCCAGCAGCUGCAGCGAUCUCUACCAGCUUGGCUCCGCCCCGUUCGGCAGCAGCGCCACUUGCGGCGGCAAUUCCGGCGGCUCCAGGCGCCACGUCAUGGAGCCUGUCUCCGCCAGCAGGCGCGCGAGCGGCGGCGGCGGCGGCGGCGGGGGGGUGCGCGGAGGUCACGCAGGCGCGGGCCAAGACUCGGGCACGGUGGCGGGAGUGGGGGUAACUGGGCGGCUUUCGUCGUCGUCUUCUGAGCGACAGCUGUCAGGGAGGCUCUCAUUGGGGGAGAGCGAAGCUGCGACCGAAUCAGGGGCGGCAGGAGGAGUGGGAGGAGCGGGAGGAGCGGGAGGAGCGGGAGGGGCAGGAGGGGCGGGUGAAGCGUUAGAAGCAGCCUUGCCUUUGACUCCGCCAGUUGCGGCGCCAGUUGCAGCGGCGUUGCCUUCCCCUGUCAACGCGCCAGCGCUCGUUGGUUCGGGCGCGGAAGGCCUGGGCGGAGGCGCGGGGGCUCACUUAAAGCCCGUACAGACGAAGCUAGCUAUCCGACGUUCGUGCGAGCUGCCGAAAUAUGCGUAUUCCUCUCUCACGGGCAUGCGUCGCAAUAUCAGCAGUGAUGCUCUCAAUAACGCGGACACCUCUCCAUCCCACCACCACCACCACUCCCACCGCUCAGCAUUCUCCUUCCAACCCACCACUAAUACAAACACUCACACCAACCCCACUUCCACUCUCCCGUUCUCCUCCUCCCUCUCCCGCCCGCUCACCUCCCGGUUGUACCCCGCCUCCUCUUCCUCCUCCCUCCCCUCCGCCUUCUCCCACUCCUCCUCGCACUCCUCCUCCCCAAGCGUCGCGUCCUCAUCCUCGUUAGUGCGUGCUCUGAUAGCGGACGGAGUGACCACGGGGCGCAAUGACCUGGCGCACCAGCUGGAGCGCUGCGGGUUUGACGUGGUGAGUGCCACGUCAGUGCAGGAAGCUGCGUGGAAAUACGAGCAGACUGCUCUCUACGGCACUCUCCCUCCCUCCCCUGCCACUCCUCCUGCUCCUGCUGGCUUAUCAUCUGCCACCAGUGCCACCACCACUGCCUCACACAACACUCCUGCUUCUGCUGCCACCGCUGUUUCUCCUCCUCCUCCUGCUGCUGCUGCGGGUGGUGGGAGUGGGGGAGUGCUAUUCUCCCUGGUGGUCCUAGACUUGGAGCAGGCCACGAGCAGGGCGGGGCAGGCGGCCAUUCGCGACAUCAGGCGUGCCGAGCGAGCACUGCUGUCCCGCCGCCUCACUCUCGGCACCGCCACUCCUGUUGGCACUUCUGGCGCUGCUGCUGCUGCUGCAGGUACUGGCUUUGCUGGUGCUGGGGCUUCUGCAGGUGGUGGUGGUGGGUGUGGGCGCGUUGAUGGGGACAUGAGGUCGCUGGGAGGGCUCAAGGUGCUGAGUGAGGAGGGCGAGGAGGACGAGGGGAGGAGUGAGGAGGCGAGGAGUGAGGUGAGCGAUAGUGCAAAGCAGCAAUUGGAGGGGGAACAGGAGACGGUACAGCGACAAGAGCAAGCGACAGUGGAACCCUCUUCCUUAACUGCAUCAUCCUCCUCCCCUGCUGCUGCUGCUGCUGCUGCUGCUGUUACUUCUGCCCCUGCUGCUGCAGCAGGUGCUGCGUCGUCGCCGGAUCGUACGCUGAUAGUGGUGGUGGCGGAUCUAAGCCGGUACGACCAGGUGGGGCUGGAUGCGGCAAUGGAGCAGUGUAUGCUUGCGGGGGUGGACGCCUUUAUUCCCCGCUCCAUGCACCUGCAGCAGCUGCGGACGGCUCUUAGAAGACUCGGGCUGCAUAGCAAAUAUCUCGUGCUGCCCGCCUCGCUGCCCCGCGCACAUUCUGCUGCGAAUGUUGCUGGUGUUGCUGCUGGUGCUGGUGUUGGUGCUGGUAUGGGAUGGGCCGGCGACGAUGAGGACCUCUCUCUCUUCGACGCGGACGACGACGAUUUCCGCGAAGCUGCCGAAGUGCGGCCGGCCCUCCUUUCCUCGAUCGCGCGGCCGGCGGCACCUUCCGAGCAGUCCGCCGCCGCAAUUCCCGCCGCACCCCCCGCCGUGACUCCCGCCGCGAACCUCGCCGCUCCGCCCGUUCUCGCGAUUUCCGAACCAGCCAAGCCGUCGCUAACGGAUUCUAUUCCCGGGGUUGCUCCGAAGCUGAUUGACAGUCAGGAUCGGGUUGGGGAGGCGCGGAUUGGAGAGGAUCGGUUUGGAAAGGAUGGGAUUGGCGGAGCAAUUGGGCCAGGCGGAACAGGCGGAACAGGCGGAGGAGAAGCGGAGGAAGGUGGGGAAAGGGAGGGGGAAAGCGGUGCGGGGAGAGAGAGUGGGAUUGGAAGGGAAGCAGAGGAGGAUGAAUUGGAUGGAGAGGGAGGCGAAACGGAGGAGCCUGGUGCAAUGGAGGAGAGCGGGUUGGAUGGAGAAGGAAGGGAGGAGGGGACCGGGUUGAGUGGAGAAGAGGAGGCGAGUGGGUUGUCGCACGUGGGAUCUGCUAACGAAGGCACUCCUAACGAGGUUGCUGCCACUAACGAGGGAUCUGCUAACGAGGAUGAAUCGGAACAGGAAACAGGCGAGCGGGAAGGAGAGGAGGAGAGUGAGACGAAUGGCAUAGGCGCAGGGGGAGCAGCAGGAGCGAGAGGGGGAGCUGGGGAACAGGGUCAAGGGGAUCAGCGGACAAAGGGCGGGAAAAAGAAGAAGAAAAAGGGGAAGGGGAAAGGUAGAGGGCAGAACGCUGGUCCAACUGCUGCUGCAACAGCAGCGCAGAAUACAGACGCAGGAGUAGAUUUGGCACGUCCGAAUGACGCCACAACAGGCAUUUCCGGUGCAGAUGGAAUUCUCCCCACAGCAGGGAUUCCCUCCACGGGGGGAAUUCCCCCCUCUGGGGGAAGCCCCCCCACAGCGGGGAUUCCCCCCUCUGGGGGACGGCCCCCCACAGCGGGGAUUUCCGCAGUGACCGCAGAUGCAGGUUCCCUGAAGGAGGUGGUGCGGCAGGUAGAUGAGUUAGAUGAGUUAAAGGCUGCCUUGGCCCGGGAAAAGGAUGCUAGAGUGGCAGCAGAGGAGCAGGCGAAACGGGCAGAAAGAAAGGCUUCUUGCGCAGUAGAAGAAGCUGCCCGGGCGGCGGACGGGCAGCGGCGGGCAGAGGCUGAACGGGCAGAGAUGGAAAGAACGAAAGCUGAGAUGCUGAAAAAGUUGCGGCAUAUAGUAGAGGAGGCGGUUAAGAGAAAGAAAGAAGCAGAGGAGGAGAAAUCUGUCGCCGAAGCUGCCACCGCAGCUGCGGUGAAGGAUCGGAACGAGGCUCGGAAGGAGCGGGACGAGGCUCGGGGAGAGAGGGAUGGGGCCGUGCAGGAGAAAGAGCGGGCGGUGCGGGAGAGAGAGGUGGCUAUCAGUAAGUUGGAGCGGCUUAUAAAGGAGCGGGAUGGAGCGGUGAGGGAGCGGGAGAGUGCGGUGAAAGAGAUUACGAAACGGUUGAGUGGUGAGAGGGAUGGUGCGGUGAAGGAGAGAGAGGUUGCAGUGUUACAGAGGGGGGCGGCUGUGAGGCAUGUAGAGGCGGUGGAGGGGAGUGUGCGUCGUGCUGUGGGGAGAUUGGGGAGGGAAGCGGAGCGGAUUGAGAAGAUGUUUGAAGGGAUGUUUGGUGGGAAGAUGGGGCAUGGGAGGGUGGGUGAUGGGAGGAUGGGUGAUGGGAAGAGGAGUGAGGGAGAGGUGGAGGGAAGCAGUGGUGGUGGUGGUGGAGUGAGGGACACUGGCAGCGGCACUGGUAAGGGGGAAAGUACCACUGACGAUGCUAGCCCUGCUAAACCAGCAGCAGCAGCAGCGGGAGCAGCAGCAUCAGCAAAAGCGUCAGCAGGAGAUGAAGAAGACGUGGUUGCAAGGUUUGAAGCAGGAGUGCAGAGGGUUUCAGCUGUUAUCGAGCUUGCAGCUAAGUCCGUGCGACGGCAGCGAGAGGAGAUGGAGGAGCGAGCAGUCGCAAUGGCUGUGGAGCUUUCUCAGCUAGAGUCUGAUGUUGUUGAUGCAAAGAGGGAGGUCGAGAGAGUGAGAAAGGAAGGGGAGGAGGAGGUGGAGCGAGUGAGAAAGGAGGGGGAGAGGAGGGUUGAGGAGGGGAGGGUGGAAGGGGAGAGGUGGAGGGUGGUUGCAGAGGAGGCGGAGAGGAGAGUGAGGGAGGUUGAGGAGGAGAGGAGGAGGGAGAGGGGGAGGGUGGAGGAGUUGGAGAGGGUGCGAGGGGAGUUGGAGCGGUUGAGAGAGAGGGUUGGGAGGAGUGGAAAGACCAACAGCGCAGGCGGGGAGGGGGUAGAAGGUGGGGAAGGGAAGGAGGACACGGAAGGGAAGGAGGGGAAGGGAGGGGAGGAGGAGGAGGGGAGGGAGGGUGGCGUGGAGGAGAUUAGAUGGGUGGAGAGGCGUUUAGAGGAGGCAGAGAUAACUGUGAGCGAUUGGAAGAGCAAGGAGAGAGAAGCACAGAGCCGUGCCGUUGGUGCUGAAACGAAGCUGGCAGCCAGGGCACGAGGUGCAGCAGGCGGAAGGGGCAUUGCGCAAGGAGAGCGAAGCGGGGAGGCGACUGAGAGAGGCGUUGGAGGGGCGAUUGCACCUUACUCCCCUUCCCACCCACCCUUCCACCCUUCCACCCGUCCCUUUCCCAUUCCCUCGCCCCCUGCGUUCCCGCACAGGCGCGCGUUGCAGCAGGUGGAAGGGGCAUUGCACAAGGAGAGGGAAGGCGGGAGGCAAUGUCUACUGGGAUGGCACGAGGUGCAGCAGGUGGAAGGGGCAUUGCGCAAGGAGAGGGAUGCGGGGAGGAGAUUGAGAGAGGCGUUGGAGGGGCGAUUGCACCUUACUCCCCUUCCCACCCACCCUUGUACCCGUCCACCCGUCCACCCUUCCCUCUCCCCCUCCCUCGCCCCCUGCGUUCCCCCACAGGCACGAGUUGCAGCAGGUGGAAGGGGCAUUGCGCAAGGAGAGGGAAGCGGGGAGGCGACUGAAAGAGGCGUUGGAGGGAUUGCAGAGGGAGGGGGCGAGGGCGACAGAGCAGGCCAAAUGCUCCCCCACAUCGCCCCACCCACUUUCCCCCACACCCACCCUCAGAUUGCGGCACUCCAAGCCAGCCUGUCAGAGUGUGAAGCAGAGGCGGGCAGAUGGCGGGAGGCGGCUAAGGAGGAGGCAGCAGCGGGCAGUGCAGUGGCUGAAGAGAUGGAGGAGAUGCGCGAGCAGGUGAGGAAGGGGGGUGGGGAGGCCAAGGAGGAGGCAGCAGCGGGGAGUGCAGUGGCUGAAGAGAUGGAGGAGAUGCGCGGGCAGGUGAGGGCAGAGGGGGAGGCCAAGGAGGAGGCAGCAGCGGGCAGUGCAGUGGCGGAAGAGAUGGGGGAGAUGCAAGGGCAGGUGAGGGCAGAGGGGUAG